AUGCGACAUGCUAUCACGUCCCUGCGAAAUCGCACGGCACACGAUCCCAACAGGAUAGGAUCUGAACAUCUGAAGAAUCUUCCGCCAGUUCUUACCAACACGCUGUCGAGACUCUUUACACGUUACCUGUCGGAAUGCAAGGUUUCUAAACAGUGGAAGACCAGCAAGACCGUGUUGUUGUAUAAGAAGGGAGAUCGACAUGACAUCAGCGACUAUCACCCAUUCGGCUUACUGUGUCAUCAACAAGCUCUUUAUAAGAGUGAUCCUCAAUAG